GUCACGCCGCGUCCGGGUCCGGGUUCCCACGGCGGUAGCCCCCGUGCGCCUGGCGCCGCCCGCGCGCCCUCCGCGCCGCCCGUCCCGCCCAGGCCUCUCGCGAACAUGGCGCUUGUCCCCUGCCAGGUGCUGCGGGUGGCGAUCCUGCUGUCCUAUUGCUCUAUCCUGUGCAAUUACAAGGCCAUCGAAAUGCCCUCGCAUCAAACCUACGGAGGGAGCUGGAAAUUUCUGACGUUCAUUGAUCUGGUUAUCCAGGCCGUCUUUUUCGGGAUCUGCGUGCUGACUGAUCUUUCUAGUCUUCUGAUGAGAGGAAGUGGGAACCAAGAGCAAGAGAGGCAGCUCAAGAAGCUCAUCUCUCUGCGGGACUGGAUGCUGGCUGUGUUGGCCUUUCCCGUUGGGGUUUUCGUCGUAUCGGUGUUCUGGACCAUCUAUGCCUGUGACAGAGAGAUGAUAUACCCGAAGUUGCUUGAUAAUUUUAUCCCAGGGUGGUUGAAUCACGGAAUGCACACGACGGUUUUGCCCUUUAUAUUAAUCGAGAUGAGGACAUCGCACCAUCAGUAUCCCAGCAGAAGCAGUGGACUCACAGCCAUAUGCACCUUCUCUGUGGGCUAUAUAUUAUGGGUGUGCUGGGUGCAUCAUGUCACCGGCAUGUGGGUGUACCCCUUCCUGGAACACAUUGGCCCUGGAGCCAGGAUCAUCUUCUUUGGGUCGACGACCAUCUUGAUGAACUUUCUGUACCUGCUGGGAGAAGUUCUGAACAACUACAUCUGGGAUACACAGAGAAGUAUGGAAGAAGAGAAAGAGAAGCCUAAACUGGAAUAAGAUCCAGGUCUAAACAGAAAAGCAGGAUUGAGUCACCACUGAGCUUUGUCACCUCCAGCAUCUGCAAUGUAGAACAGAACCUCACAAGAGGCAAUGUCAUCAGCCCCCACCUCCCUUACCCAGAGGGAGGACACUUUUUAUAUACAAAUAUGCAUACAAAUAGAUACAAUGCUUUCCAAAAUACUUCACCCUGGCUGUGUUUUAAAGAAUUCUUUCCAAAUUCAUUUUUUGAUAAUAAUAUCUUUUUUCCUUUUCUAGCUUUAAAACUAAAAUUGAUCAUUGGAUUUUCCUUUUUGCAAUUAUGACUCCAUUUAAUCAAGGAGGAAUAAAAUUCUAUUGUGUUUCUUGUUGAGAAAUAUAUUAAGUCAAAGGGGGUAUGUGGAUCAAGGCAUGAGUGUAUUUAGUCCCAAAGGAGCUGGAAUAACACACCUAGGCCAUCAUGGGGGCCUGAGGGGAAGCAAGACAGAUGGUUCCAAUUGCAGUUAAGUCACAGUCACCUCAUCCGGGCAAUGUAAGUAAUAAUUACAUCAAAUUAGUCAAAACCCUGAGUACUCAAUCUCCUGAUUUAAUCUUGUGAAACUCCCUUGAUGCAAACUUUAAUAAAGACCAAGCAACCCCAAA